UUCUCAUAUCAAAGAGUUCCCAGAUCAGCAGUAGAACACACUACACUAGAUACGUUUAACUAUACACAUGACACAGCUACUGUUCAAUAUAGUAUUAUGGCUAUAAUUGAGUGUACUGGUGAAGCUCCUGAGAAAGUUACAGUUACUGUAGAAUGUAAUGGAACUGGUGUUGUGUUUAGUAAUACUGAGCUAAUAGAACAGGAAAGACAACCAAAUAAUAUAACAGGAUUAAUAUCAGUACCUCAGUAUCAACAGUGCAAUAUAAGUGUUGUAUUUAGUAAUGAGGCUGGCAGUAGUGAGCCAUUCAUACGAACAUUUAAUACUACUCCGCUGCUUCCUCUUGACAUUAGUUCAUCACUUUCCACAGUUUCUGUAACACCAACCAUUGGAGCAGGAUCAGACUCUCCAACAAUGAUGACAGGAGCUAUUAUUGGUAUUGCUGUUGGCUGUUUUAUUUUUGUAGUUGUUAUUUUAGUUUUGAUAGUAGUCCUGGUAGCUGUAUUCAAAUACAUAUAUAGAGAUAAGCUCCGGACACAAUGUCAACGACAACGACACGAUUCAGAAAUGGAUCACCUACAGGAAAAUGCUGAUGAUUCCGAGCAAAAGGGUAAUGGUAAAAGGCAAAAAAAAGUAAAAGGUGAUAAAUAUAAUCUUGUGGAACAGCAGCCAUAAACAGGAAGAUAGCGCGGUAGAGCAUAUGUCAUUGCUAAUAUACUGACUUUAUGUUUAUAUUUAAUUUUUUAUUACGACUGCAAUUAACUUGAGGUGAAUGUUGAUGUCUCUAUCAUAAUGUUUUCAUUAAGUUUCCAAUAAUUAUUUUUAAGGAA